UGUUCGUCUUGUCUCUAAGUACCAAUUUUUUUCCACAAUAGACCAAGUCACGUUGAUAUGAUCUCCCUACUAUAGUCUUGAUGACUUCUGCAACCAUAUUAGCAAUUUCAAUCUUUUCUGGAAGACCAUUUCAAGCAUAAAAUUCCGCACUGUUAUUCCUGAGAUCAUUAUUUUGUUUCUCAACACUACAGUAAUCAUAUAUAUAUGCUAGUUGUGUUGGAAAUAUUCUGUAUCUGUGCUACGCAAUCAAAAUCCAGUCAUGUCUUAUUCUACAGCUAAAACAGUCCAAAGACUUGCGAUCUUGUUUCCUCUGCUCAUCAUCUACUUGCUAUUCAAUCUCUCCUACGCAGUUGAAGCUGAAGAUGAGAAAAAAAUCACUAACAUUGGAGCAAUCAUUGAUGUUAAUUCCCGUAUCGGGAAAGAACAGAAAGCUGCUAUGGAAAUUGCAGCUGAAAACUUCAACAACCAGUCAGACACUCAUGAGCUAAUCCUUCAUUUUCGAGAUUCUGGCCGCGACCCUUUUCUUGCUGCUUAUGCUGCUAAACAUUUGAUAAGGGAACAAAAGGUACAAGUGGUAAUUGGCAUGGAAACUUGGCAGGAAGCAGUUACAGUAGCUGAUGUGGUCAAAAACCUAUCUGAUCAAAUUCCGGUCAUUUCCUUUGCAGCACCCACCAUAUCCCCGCCACUAAUACAACGGCGUUGGCCUUCCUUGAUACGAAUGGCUACCGAUGGUGCUGCUCAGAUGAAAUGCAUUGGAGAUAUAGUUAAUGCAUACAACUGGAAAAGGGUUGUUGUAAUAUAUGAAGAUGAUGGUUAUGGUGGUGGUGUGGGGAGGCUAGCUCUUUUAUCUGAGACUCUAAGAAAUGUUGGUUCUACAAUUGAGCUUCGUAUAGUUCUCCCACGACUUUCUGAGCCUGAUACAAAUUGGGAUGAAAUAAAGAAGCAGCUGUUGGAGCUUUCCAAUGUAAACUCUCGGGCAUUUAUAGUUCUUCAGUCAUCUUUACCAACAGUAACUGGUCUAUUCAAAGUGGCUAGGAAGAUGGGAUUUGUAGGAAAUGAUUCAGCUUGGAUAAUCACAGAGAGUAUUGCUAGUUUGCUUGACCCUCAUGGCAACUACGAUAUGGAAGGAACUCUGGGAAUCAAGACCUACUACGCCAAUGAGUCUAGUUCUUAUGCUGAAUUCCAGAAGGAAUUCCAAGCUAAGUAUGCAGAAGAAAAUAACUCCAAGCCAGGAAUUUAUGCUCUUCGAGCAUAUGAUACUAUUAAUGCCAUUUCACAGGCCAUAGAAGGAAUCCCUAAUAACACCACUAGUACUAGCCUUCAGGGUAUGAUAACUAGAUCGUUGAGCAAUUACAACGGUUUAAGUGGGAAAAUGCAACUAAAAGGAGGUGAGGUACCGCUGGAUUCUCCGAGAUUCAGGAUCAUAAAUAUUGUGGGUGGGAAUACAGAUAACGAAUUAAACUUUUGGACACCAGGGUUUGGAUUUUCAGAAGACACAUACAGAAGAAGUGAUGAUGUUGGCAAUGUAACUUGGCCCGGGAAGCUAAGACUACCUGCCUCCAAAGGCUGGGCAAUGCCCACUGAUGAGAAGCCAAUGAAAAUUUUGCUCCCAACUUACCACACAAACUUUGUAAGGCGUAUCUCCGGGGAGAACUCAAAUGAGAUGGGAAAAAGGGGUUUAUGCUCAGGAAAGAAGCCCGGAGAGAACUCAAAUGAGAUGGGAACAGAGGGUACAUGCUCAUAUCUUCCUUUCUAUGAUGGUUUGAGUAUUGAUCUUUUCUGCUGCGUGCUAGAAAAUUUGGGUUAUCGCUUGCCACAUGAAGUACAUGAAUUUAACGACAACAAUGGCACUUACAAUGAUAUGAUAAAACUAGUGUAUAACAAGACUUAUGAUGCUGUGAUUGGCGAUAUGACUGUACUUGCAUCGCGAAUUGACAAAGUGGAUUUCACUCAACCAUAUCUGGAGUCUGGUUUGUCAUUGAUAGUACCAGAUGAAUCUAAUGAGUCAACAUGGCUGUUUAUGAAACCUUUCACAUGGCAGAUGUGGGUGGCUAGUUGUGCCAUCUUAAUCUACACUAUGUUAAUAAUAUGGUUCCUGGAGGGUCCUUCCAGUCCAGAAUUUGAUGGUCCAUUGAUGAAUCAGAUCGCCACAGCAACUUGGUUCUCCUUCUCAUCUCUGUUCUUUGCUCACAGAGAGAAAAUCUAUAGCAAUUUGACACGAGUAGUUUUCAUAGUGUGGCUGUUUGUUGUAUUCAUCCUAAACUCAAGCUACACUGCUAAUCUGUCUUCGAUGCUUACAAUUCAACGACUGAGCCCGAAUGUAACAGACAUUGAAAUGUUAAGGACAACCAACUCAUUAGUUGGUUGUGAUAACGAUUCAUUUGUAAGGGAUUACCUGGAGAAUGUUCUUCAAUUAAAAAACAUCGAGACAGUAGAGAGCAACUUAACACCCAAUACCUUCAGCAACAACACGAGAUUCAGCAACAACACGAGAUUAUCUGCUGUAUUUCUUGAACUCCCAUAUGCAGAAGUUUUCAUGAACAAUUACACUGAGGGAUUUAGCAACACCAAAGCCACCUACAGUUUUGGAGGCUUUAGCUUUGCAUUUCAGAAAGGUUCUCCAAUAGCGAGGAAUUUCUCUAAGGUCAUCCUAGAUCUAUUGGAGAAUGGAACAAUGAGAGAACUUCAAGAUCACUGGUUGAAUCCGAGCAAAUGUCCAACCAAUACAACUUCCGAUAUGCCAGAAAGCUUGACCAUCGAGAGCUUUUGGGGCAUCUUUGUAAUAUCCGGUGCGACUUCCACCCUCUGUCUUCUAUCUUCUGCCAUCUUGAAAAAGUUUGGACACCAAGAAGCAUCCGGAACACGCCCUGAAGAUUCCGUACAAGUGCUCUAA